AUGGCCUUUUCUGGUGCGCUCACACUGACUGAUCUGAAUGAUUUCAUAACACCGGCACAAGCGUGCAUCAAGCCCGUCGAGCAUGUUGAGAAGGAAGCGGGGACAGCAGAUACAGAGAUUCAUAUUGACUCCAGUGGCGCAUACUACGAGGUCUCAGGGAAUGAUUCGUCUUCCCAACCAACUUCAUCGGGGAAGCAAUUGGAGCAAGCACAGAUCAGCUUGAACGAUUGCUUAGCAUGUAGUGGCUGCAUCACAUCCGCUGAAUCCGUCCUUAUCACCCUCCAAUCUCAUACAGAGGUUUUGAAUUUUUUGGAGGCAAAUUCUUCAUCAUCCGAAUCCUACAAGAUUCCUGUUAUAUCGAUAGCUCCACAGUCUCUGGCAUCUUUAGCCGCUUCCCUAUCGCAUUCCUCCCCUACACCAAUCACCCCAAGACAAGUCCUACGUCGGGUUGAGCUGUUUUGCAAAAACGUACUAGGCUUUGCCCAUGUCUUCGACACCACAUUCGCUCGACAUUUGGCACUGCGUGAGCACGUGGCCGAGUUUGAGGAGCGUCGGUUGAAAGACCAAGCUGGGGGAGAGGAUGCUGUGGGACAGCUUCCAAUGCUGGCGAGUGCAUGUCCGGGGUGGAUCUGUUACGCGGAAAAGGCACAUUCAGAGAUGCUGCCGUUUAUCGCCACCACCAAAAGCCCGCAACAGGUUAUGGGAACGUUGGUGAAAGAGUGGAUGGGCGCCAAGUGGGGCAAACUGCCUCAGGACGUUUACCACGUUUCCGUGAUGCCAUGUUACGAUAAAAAGCUUGAGGCUUCACGGCAAGACUUUUACAACGAGACUUAUUCGACAAGGGACGUCGAUUGUGUCAUUACAACGGGAGAACUCGAGUUGAUGAUGCGAGAGAAAGAAUGGAAUCUUUCCUUGCCCCGUGAGCUGGAUGACGCACCCUGGCAAUCGAGCAGCUCCAGUUUUGACCUCCCCGAACUCUUGCAACACCCCGGAUCGUCAUCUGGAUCCUACCUUCAAUCCAUUGUUUCCCACCUUACUGCCUCGUCGUCGAUACCGCUUCAACUUUCUGUCAAAACAUUGCGAAAUGCCGACUACGAGGAGCAUGUUUUGACUGAGGUUGGCAGUGGAAACAUUGUCUUCAAAGGGGCCAAGUGCUAUGGGUUUCGGAAUUUGCAAAACGUCGUGCGAAAGACUCAGCACAGUGGGCGGUCGUAUGACUACAUCGAAGUGAUGGCGUGUCCAGGUGGUUGCGUGAAUGGUGGAGGGCAAUUAAAAGUGCCAGCAUGGGGAGAUAAAGAGUGGACGCGGAAGGUGGAGGAAGUAUAUUGGGAUGACAGGACGCCGGCUGCGGUGGAGUUGGCGGAUCGAAUGACUGAACUUGUUCACAGAGAGUUAUGCUCGAAGGAAAGAGAAGGAGGAAACAUAUUGCGAACGCAAUAUCGGGCAGUAGAGAGUGAGGUGAUUGGUCUUGCUGUUAAAUGGUGA